AAUAACCGCAGCACGGCGCGGUGCCUGUAUUGUGAUGACACUCGGGUAGUACACUGUGAACCUCUGAACAAUGAACAUCCGCGCGAUUGUCCUCUGUGUAUUCGCCAUUAUAAGUGACAAAGUAUCAUGCAAAAGUAAAUCACGUCCGUUUCCUAAGGACUUCUUGUUUGGGGCGGCGACUUCUGCCUUCCAAGUCGAAGGAGGGUGGCGUGAAGAUGGUAAAGCUCCAUCCGUUUGGGAUGUGGCCUGCCACGCAGAUCCUACCCUCAUCAGAGACGAGAGCAACGCAGACGUAGCAGCAGAUUCCUACCACAGAUUCAACCAAGACGUUACCGUUGCAUCAGAUCUGGGCCUGAACUUCUACAGAUUCUCAAUCUCAUGGCCCAGAGUCCUGCCCAACGGAUUUUCUGACAAAAUAAACCAUGUCGGCAUGGAUUACUACAACGAACUUAUAGAUAAACUUUUGGCCAAAAAUAUAAUGCCAAUGGUGACCAUUUACCAUUGGGAUCUCCCCAAUAAUCUGCAGAAAAUCGGAGGCUGGACCAAUCCUGAAAUAGUUGACGUGUUCGUCGACUAUGCGAAGUUUCUCUUCGUAGGGUUCGGUGCGAAAGUGAAGUAUUGGAUUACUUUUGAUGACCCUAGAGAGAUAUGUGUCGGUGGCUAUGGCUCUGCCCAACAGGCUCCGUUCGUAAACAUUUCUGGUGUGGCUGAGUACAUGUGCACUCGUAACGUUUUGUUGGCUCAUGCUAAAGCCUACCAUCUCUAUGAUGAGGAAAUGAGGAAAACGCAAAAUGGAAGUGUUGGGAUUUCUCUUGGAUUUGCGUGGUAUGAACCUACGUCUGAUACGACUGAGGAUCAUCAGGCUGCAGAGGAUGCCAGGCAGUUUGAGUGGGGCCUGUACGCACACCCCAUAUUUUCAAAAGCCGGUGACUACCCAAGCGCAGUGAAGAAAAACGUAGCAUACAAGAGUGCAGAACAAGGUUUCCCUAGAUCUCGGUUAUCAGAACUUUCUCCCGAAGAAGUGGCUCUGAUCAGGGGAUCGGCAGACUUCCUAGGAGUGAAUGCGUUUACUACGAAGCUGGCGUAUAGAGACGCGUCUUUAGAGGACAUGUAUCCUGUGCCCUCGUUCCAGGAUGAUAUGGACGCUGUGCUGGUUAAGGAUCCCUCCUGGACACAGUCAGAAAGCAGCUGGCUACAGGAAGUGCCAUGGGGAUUCUUCAAGCUUCUGAAUGAAAUUAAAUCCUUGUAUGACAAUCCACCAGUGUUCAUCACAGCUAAUGGCUGGUCUACAGCGGGAGGUCUACUUGAUGAAGACAGGAUCAACUAUUUGAGGACCUAUCUCAAUGCGUUACUGGAUGCUAUUUAUGAAGGUUGUGACAUUAAAGGCUACAGUGUCUGGUCGCUUAUAGACACGUUUGAAUGGCGCAGUGGGUAUUUAGAAAAAUUCGGGCUAUACCAAGUGGACUUCUCAAGCCAACAAAAGACGCGGACUCCAAGAAAAUCUGCGUUCAUUUAUAAAGAAAUGAUCAGGUCCAAGAAAUUGAACCCGGACUUUGAACCGGAGAAAUUCAUCAUCGAAGUUUCAAAAGACGUACCUGAACAAAUUAAUAAUGAUAAUGAUGUUAUGUGAUUUACUUAACUUUUAGUUUACUUAUGACUAGUUCCUGCCCGUAACUUCGUCUGCGUGGAAUAAUGACUUUAGGCAUGUCUUAUUUUUCUUGUUCUUUUUUGCCUUAGAUAUUAACAAAUUAUACGGUAAAGAUGGACUUAUUUCCUAGGUAUAUAAUAAAAAAAGUUUCAUUAAAAUCCAUCCAUUAGUUCCGGAGAUUA